GUUGCAUUGGUAGCCGUGUCAUUCUUUCUUCCGGGAAUUUGUACAUCUGAAGACUUGUGUGGAGUGAAACCCUACUUCUUACUCAUCUAUUGCCAUGUGAUUCUUUGGUUCUUCUUCUUCCUGGGAGACCUUUACUUACGCUAUUAUCACAAUGUUCUGUAUUGUUUUGGCCACAUUCAUUUCUAUCAGGCCACCAAGUUUUUAAGGAGAAUUGUGUUAUAUGUUUAUUCAACAGGAAACAGUGUUCUUCUGUUGGUAGUGACUGUGGUUCAAGACAAGUGUCCAAACCUACAUGACUGCUUCUCGUUUCUGUCUCUAAAGCCUAUACAUUUUAUCCAAAUCCUGGUGUGCGUCGAAGCAGUGAUAGCAUUCGUGUGCCUGGUUCAGUACUUGGUUAUCACAUUGAAGUUUGCGAAAAGUACGAAAGUUCCAGAUGUUCAGCAACAAGAGAAUCUGAUCAAUAGCCUGCAAUUUGAAGAAAGCCCUUCAGAAGUUGGAUACAUUACUCACGAUUACAAGGAGGAACUUGUAGAAAAACAAGCAGAUCUGAUAUGUUAUCUACGAAAACACAGUGCAGAACUUAAGCAAGAGAUGGUGAAGUUAAAGGCAAGAUUAGAGUCCUAAACGUACCUGUUCUAGUAAGUAACGGUAGAAAUAUACUCGUGAAGUUUGUUAUUAUAUAUGUCAUCACCUGUAUGAUUUAGUCUUUGUUUUUUGUCAAGUAAAUCAAGUGAUACAAGUA